GGCAGAGGCGGAUGCAGCGAAGCAGCAGCCCCCGCCGUCCUCGUUUCACCCCCGUAGUGUGGCGCACACCCCGAGAGUGGGGGUGCCGGAUCGCUGGCACCCCUUGUGACGUCAGAGUCGAUCGUCAGGCGCAAAGCUUGGGGAUUGCCCGACAUACCACGUCAGAAUGACGAGCCGAUAAACUGGCCAUCAGGGUUCUCUGCGGCGGGCGGGCCAACGGUCUUGGGGUAAACGUUCUACUCUGAAUAAUUCCGUCCGCGACUCUUCCCGUUCGAUUCACUGUAAAACGAGCGUAGAGCGAUCCGCGAGUACCGCGAAACUCGGGAGGUAAACAGUCUCGACCGGUCGAGGGUGGUAGUGGUGCAGCAGAAGUGAGAAACGCGAGGCUCGUGAAGCGAGACGCGGGAUGAUCGUGGACGCGGUUUCGUGACAGUUGCAUUUGGAUUCUGGUUCGCAGGUGGCCGCCGUCGGUUUGGCCAACGAUGGCGCAUCCGACGGGCACGGCAGUGGACGGGAUCGGCGUCGGCGUCGGCGAGAGCGACGGCACGACGGGAGGCACCGGUGGCAGGCCUAGGAAUCCGUUGAUAUGCGGCGUAUGCCAAGACUAUUUCAACGAGCCCUGUCUGUUGUCCUGCUUUCACACAAUCUGUGCCCGCUGCAUCCGCGGCCCUCAUCUCGAGGGAAAGGUCACCUGUCCUAUCUGCGGACAACAGACCCAGCUGAAGGACGGAGCGCAACUACCACCGGCGGAUCAGCUGAUGCGUCAGCUAGUCGAGUUGGCAAAUUGCGAGAAUCCACCAUGUGCCAACUGUGACAAACGCGACAAGUCCACUAUGUUCUUUUGUACGACGUGCGGACAAGCGUUGUGCACGCACUGCAGGGAAAACACCCACCGCGCGAAGAUGUUCUCUACGCACGAGGUGGUGCACAUGAGCAAGUGCGCGAAAGACACCCAGCGUCGCUGUUCGACCCACGGCGAGCAGUACAUAAUGUUCAGCCAAAGUGCCAAAUGCAUGCUCUGCGCGACCUGUUUCCGCGACACGCCCGCGGACGCUCGAAUCCACUGCGUGGACAUCGAGACCGCCUGGCAGCAGGCGUCCAAAAAGAUGGAGCGAGCGGUGAACUCGAUCUACGAUCUACAAGCGGGCGUGCAAGACGGAGUCCUGGCGUUGAAGGCUCAGUUGGACGAGCUCCGCCACAGCCUCGACUGCGAGAAAAGGGCCCUGAACUCCUUCUGCCAGGGCAUGCAAGAGGCGAUGACGAAGACCCACGGAAGCGUGUUGACGGAAUUACAGAGACAGUUCGAGACCAAGGAGAGGAUGGUGCGUACGCAGUUACUGUCGCUGGGCAACGCGUUACCAGUGCUGCAGAUGCAUCUGAUGCUGUGCACCGCGUUCACCAGCGGUGCCACCAAGUACCAGUUCCUGGAGCUGGCGCAUCCGAUGCUGGAACGAUUGAGCAGAGUCGCCCAGCUGAGCCAUCCGUCGAGGCCUCCCUUGCUCACCGCACAUCUGAAAGUGAAUUACAAGAGCGAGUUCGCCAGGGCGUUGCAACCGUACGUGGGCCAGCCACAGACGCCGAAGGAGUCGCUGUACGAUCAGACGCACACUAUGCCGCCGCAGGAUCUACCGGGGAUGCAGAGCAGCAAGUCUGCUCAGAGGGCCCCGAGCAAGAGCGACGGGGGACCGUUCUCUAGCCACUGCCGUACGUUCGACGUGCAGCUCAAGGAAUUGAAUCAACAGUUGAUCACCGUGAAGGAGCGCGUAGGGGAAUUGCACCGCGACGUGGCUAUGCUCCGGAGAGCGAACACGCCGCCGUUGGGCUCGCGGUACGAACACGUGGCCAGGGACUGCAGGAUGUUGGAACAGCAGCUGGAGCACCAUCAGAUGGAACUGGACCGGCUCAGGAACGUGUUCGAGGCGCUAUGGGACGAACAGUUGUGCAGAAUCCAGAUAGAGAGGGAGAUAUUUCACUCCCAGAUGAACGAUAUCGUGUCGCUGAGGAGCCAGGUGAAGCAGCUGCAGACCCUCGCGCAGCAAUUGGAACCGUUCAUAAAAUCGUUCGCCACAGGGGUCAGCGUGGGUGAGAUCAGCAUGGCAGCCUCGGACAUGACCAGCAAUCAGCAGCUGCAGGCGUUGCUCGACCACUUGGCACGUUUACAGAUGCAGGAACCACCGCAGCAACCGCAGACCCAAGCCCCGACCAAGGACCAUCGGCAUCCGCGAACAUCCACCAGCGCAGAUAAUGCGCUCUACAUGAAAGAAACGAAGGACAUCCCGACGCGAUGUCGCACUCCUUCGGGUCCCGCCGGUGUCGAGGCUGUUCUGGACUCCAGCGGAAACAUCGUGGUGUACGGCACGGCGAAAGAUCAGAAGCGAGGCAUGCUCAGUCAGUUGAUAGAGAAAGCGAGGAGCAAGGAGGACAGGAAGAAAUCGCCGGGGAGAGAGGAGAGCCGAGAUCGUAGCCAGACUCGGCGAACCAGGAAAUCGCCGGACGGCACGAAACCGAAGACGCCUCUUGGCCACUCGUCAGCGAGCAAAGUCAGGUCGCUGUAUCGGUCGUUGAAGGGUGGCAGCGGCGACACUUCUGCCGAGGGUCUCGAUCAACCGGAGAGGUGUACGGAUUCCCAGCAACCUCAGUCGCACUCGACUGGCGAGGAGGGCGAAUACCAGCGAAUCUCGGAAGCGUCCAGUAUGGGAGACGCGAAGAAGCGCGUUCAGGCCCAGGUGCACGCGGUCCCAGACGAUCAGCCGAUCGCUAAGGGAACCAAAGUGUACCCAGCUAGCGACUCCGAGGACGUGUUCUAUGCGGAGGACAAGUCGGACGUGAGGCGACGUCGUCGGGCCAGCUGCGACAGUCUCAGCACGACCGGCUCCGGCAGCAGGCGCUCGUCGAUCGCCGAUGGGACGAAGCAGCGUUCCUGGGAAACGUUCCCGAGGCCGAAGAGCAAGCGAAGCGUCGCGUCCACCGAGGGCGCAUCGUCCCUCAGUCAGCUGAAGAAGACGGACAGCUUCGAGGGACACGAGGAGACGGUCAGGACUCUGGUGGCUGCCGUUCAGGAGACUAAGUCGCAUCUCCACCAUCAUCACGCUCAUCAUCACCGCCAUCAUAGGAAGAGCAAGACUAAUUAAGAUUAACUAGGAUUUACGGGACCGCUCGACGGUCCGAGACGUCCGAUUUAUAUUAUUUGUCUGUACGUUCAUUUUCUUCGGUAUUUUCCUUUUUAAACCGGUGAUCUCGGACUCGUGAACGAGAAAGGAGAUGCCAUCCUCCUUGGCAAAGGGUUUCAAAGAGCUUAUACAGCAGGAGAUGGUCAAAGUGCAGGCGUAGAUAUUUAAAAAAAAAGUCUCGAAUUAAUUAGGGACAGAGUGGUAUCCGAGCCGAAUAGUCAAAUCGCGGAAGUAGAUAAUAAAACGUAGACAGGAGAGGACGGAGUAAGAGAAGUAUUUAAUACGAAUUAAUGAUAGUACUUUUUGGCCGCGUUUGUCUAUCCGGAAGGGAAGUCGAUACCCUCCUCCAAUGUCUGACAUACAUCGGGGAAAGUAUUUAUCGGGAAUCUCGGUAAUUUUUCGAUCAAGAUAGUUGUUAUAGUUGACCAGGGAUAUACAUAAGUAGUAUAUAUUACGCGAAAUGAUACUACGUGGACUUUUUUCCCCGAGCGAAUUUCGAGCGUUUUAUUACAAGCGUUUACCGAAUAAAAAGGGCAUUUCGUGUGAUGUACAUACGAGAGACGACGAUACCAAAACUGCCACUUUGACAAAGACACACGGGACACCUUCGACACGAGUGCGCGCGUUCAUUUCAAUUAUCGUUUCUCCAAUUUCCUUCGGUACGGACCAACUCUUAUUCCUUGAAAAGCGACGGAUCGAACUACCGGUUUUUUUACUCCCAAUGUAUGUCCAGCCGGGGAUAAAAGUUGUGUCAGGGUCGACCGCAGCCUUCAACCUAGAGCAAUUCUCAAUUUUUUAUCCGAAUCAGCGUUUUGAUUGCACUUUGAACUGCCGAAGGUUACGAAAUAUUGCUGCCAAUAGUGAAGUAAUACGUAAAGAAAAAAAUAUACAUAUUAUUAUAUAUAUAAACGUACGUAUAUGCAUACAUAAAAGACGAGAGAGAUUUGUUGGUGGAGUCCCCGAAUAGACAUCUCCAUGGCCCAAAUUAGAAUUAUCAAUUAUGUAUGGAUAUAUACAUUAAGAGUUUCAUCGAUGCCGAGAAAACGAGGCGAAUGAAGGAAAGGAAUUUCCGAUGCUCUGCUCAAAGCCGCGCGUCUUCUUUACGACUUAGCUGUUGGGAGGGGAAAACGAAUUUCGCGAGAGGGAAAAUUAGAAUUUAUAUAAAACGAAUCCAAGUAAUUUAUACGACGCGAACGUCUACGAUGAUUCGUCGGUAAGUCGAUGAUUGGACUUUGUCCGUCGACGAGAAAGAGAUCUAGCCUAAUUAUAUUAUUGUAAUCGGUACGAGGAUUCAUCGUGAGGGUGUAAUCGGGAUAAAUGUUUUUAUCAAAUGUUUAAUGUGAAAAAGUAUACGGCUUUUACCACAGGAAGAAGGUUCGUAACGGGGUUGAACACGAGAACGGGAGAACGUUACAAUUAUAGCGAAUCAUGUAUGAUCAUUAAUCAUGUAUGAGAAAUGUCGAAUUGCUGAUAAUAGAGAAAUAUACAAGUUAUAAAAUA